AUGAUCUGGCCGCCCGUGCUGGUGUUCUUCUUGAUGACGAGGACAGAACCGGUACUGGCAGUAUCGACGCCCGGCAACGACAUGCUCUCGCUGCUUCUAGUUUCACUGUGGUCCAUCGAUAGCAUCGACACCGCAUCUACGGUGAAGGUGGACCUCGAAGUUGACCUUGGCCUCUUUGAAUAUGCCGCCAUCGACGCAACAAGAAACCACCGAGAGACGGCAGGAAUGUAG